AUGGAUGAUAUCGGAAACUCGUACUUGUACAGAGAGAGAAAGUCAGGCUCCGACUCUCAUCCACAACCGACAUCUGGAUCACCUGAAACAACAAUCAGUAACUCUCCUGCUUACCCUCCCCGCCCAAGCGGAGAUCUCACCCGCCAAAUAGGGCACCGUCACUUCCUCAACAUGGCACCUCCCAAGAGAGCACUUAUCGCGGUGACCUCGGCUCACGCCCCCCUAUACCCCAAGGGACAAGAGACAGGCCUCUUCAUCACCGAAGCUUUGCACCCCUUCAACGUCUUCAGAGAGGCCGGCCUCGACGUCGACCUCGUCUCCGAGACGGGCACCUACCAGCCCGACUGGCUAUCCCAGCAGCCAGACUGGCUCCCCGAGAAGGACCGCAAGGUCUGGGAAGACCACUCGAGCGAGUUCCGCUCCAAGCUGGACGCCCUGCUCAAGCCGGGGGACAUCGACCCCGCCAAGUACGGCAUCUUCUUCGCCUCGGCGGGACACGCCUCGUUGAUCGACUACCCCGACGCCAAGGGGCUGCAGUCCAUCGCCUCAAAGAUGUACGCCGACGGCAGCAUCGUGUCAGCAGUCUGCCACGGAGGCGCCAUAUUCCCGGGCAUAAUCGACCCCGCGACGGGUAAGUCCAUCAUCGCCGGCAGGAAGGUCACCGGCUUCACCACGCAGGGCGAGGAGGAAGAAGGCGUCCUCGACACGAUCAAGUCCUGGAACAGGCCGACGAUCGAGUCGUCCGCCGCCUCCGCCGGUGCAACCUAUAUCCCGCCCCCGGGCCCCUGGGACGCUUUCGCGUACACCGACGGACGCAUCGUCACGGGCGCGAACCCGGCCAGCGCGCACGUCACCGCCGAGGCGGCCGUCAAGGCCUUUCAGAAGCUGUGA